UAAUGAGCCACAAAAUGGCGCCUGAAUUCUACCCGAGAGGAAGAACUUGGUCGCUUAGCAGCAGUCAGCUGAUACAGCUGGCGGGAAAAACGGGGAUUUCUGUGUCUCUGUUAAACGAGAAUUGUACAUAAAUAUCUAUUUUAUAUAAAAAUGUCUUGAUGCGGUUGUUAUAUAAACUGCUUUCAUGAUGGCACCAGUUCGAAUUCAACAUGUCGUCUCGUUCACCUCAGAGGACCCGAAGCACCGUGUGGUAAACCUGUGUUUGGGUGAGGAAGGGAGCAGCCCGUGGUUGUGCGGUGCAGCAGACCGGAGCGGCCUUCUGAAAGCAGAGCUGCAGCUGGACCGGGCUUCUACCAUCGCCUUCGUCGAUGUGGGAAACCAUGGCUCUGCGUUUGUUCAGGUCGAUGUGGGUCGUUCUUCCUGGUCUAUCGAUCAUCCUUAUGUCACACUGCUUCCCACGGCGACCCUAAUGAGCCCGGCCGAUUCACGAAAAGGCAUAGGAAAGCACGGUGUGCGCAUGUUCAAAAAAGUUGACUUUUUGCCCCAGGCUGCUGAAGAGAGUUGGGACAGGGUGAGGGUCACCUGCAGUCAGCCCUUUAACAAGCGCAACCAAUUUGGCCUGUCUUUCUUUCGUAUCCGCACUGCUGAUGAACACACAGAUGAGCUUUCUGCCAAUCAGGAAACAGAUACGAGCAAAAAUCAGAGUACACCUGAUAAAAAUUGGGCAAUAAAAGAGUGGAUCUCCAGCCCUUCUGUACAACACACCUACUUUGGCCAAAAGACAGGAGAAAGAUCUCCAGGAGAUCCCUUAAAAGAUCAUCAGAAUCUGAGCAGGGCAGAGCGCAUGGUAACAGCCGCACAGUCAAUCAGGUGCUCUCUACAAAAAACCUCUUGCAAUGCAUUAAUCAGCAGUGGUGAGAGACAGGAGAAGACCCGGUACACACAGCAUAGCCCAGUCAGGGCUCCUCAAUCACGCAGGAGAACAUCAGGAACAAUACUUGAGCAGGCAGACUCUACUCCAAAGAAGACCAGAUGUGCUAAAAUAGACGUUUCUGCCACUAAGAAGAAAAACAGUUCAUUCAAACACAGCCCUGAUAAAUCUCAAAAAACAGCAUCAUCGCCAACAAGAAUCAGUCAAGAUUAUCCUGAAUCUCCUGAGACUUCAUGCCCAAUAUGUGGAGUGACUUUCAGCCCAGACUACUUGCCCAUUCAUGCCUCUUCCUGUCUGGACUCUGGUUCAGCCGAGUUCUCCAGUGUCAUGGACGGAGAACCUGGGUCAUCUUUUUCAUUUCGUCCACCUUCUAGUCCAAGCACAGAUGAGCUCAUGGUGCCGUGUCCUCUGUGCUCCUUCAGAUUUCCUAUAGACUGCAUCCAACAGCAUGCCAGUACCUGUGGUGACACCGUGUGGUUGCAUAUACACUGUUGGAGUGAACUGAACACGACUCGGUCUGGUUACAGAGCUUUUGAAAAUGAUCUCAACCUUUGUUUGAAGGCUCAAGAGGGAAAGAUGAUGAUGGUUUGUGGCAUGAUGGAGCAUCUCACGGCAGAGCAAUGGCGCGAGAUUGUGAACAAAAAGAUGCGCUUUCCCCCGGAGCUCAUCAACGCCAUUCACGAGGCGAACGUGUCUGUAAUUCAUAGCUUGCUGAAGACUGGAGACGGCAUCAUCCGCCAGUUGGAAGACUCGGAAGACAGGCAGUGGAGAGAAGCUCUGAACCUGUCCAUCCGCCUGGGCAACGAGGAGUCCAUGGUCACUCUGCUACAUGGAGUCAAGUUUGAUUUUCGACAGAUCCACGAGGCUCUUUUGGUGGCUGUUGACACUAACCAGCCUCGUAUUGUCAAGCGCCUCCUCGACCGCCUCGAUCAAGAGAAAGGCAACAAGAUGGAUGUGCACUCUUUCAACCAGGCAAUUUUUGACCAUUCCAUUGAUGACUCUCAGUUUGCCCCGGGGGUGACGCCAUUGACGCUGGCCUGCCAAAAGGAUCUAUAUGAAAUUGUGACCAUGCUCACACAGAAGGGCCAUGUCAUCCCAUGGCCUCACAAGGUCUCCUGUACUUGUCUUGAGUGCCGGAACGGGCGCCAAUAUGACUUGCUCAAGUUCUCACUAUCCCGCAUUAACACCUACCGUGGCCUUGCCAGCCGGGCGUAUUUGUCCAUCACUUCUGAGGAUGCCAUGUUGAGUGCUUUUUAUCUAAGCCGGGACCUUCGCAAACUCUCUAAAAGAGAGCCGGAGUUUAAGCCGCAGUACCUUGCACUUGAGGAGCUGUGCCAGGAGUUUGCUGUGGAAUUGCUGGGAAUGUGUCGGAAUCAAAGUGAGGUUAGCACUAUUCUCAACAAUUGUGGGAUUAAUGAUGAAGACACUAGAGAUGAGCUGGAAAAACACUCUUUCGAAGAGGGCAUACCAAACCUGGCCCGAUUACGACUCGCUGUGAACUACAACCAGAAACAGUUUGUAGCCCAUCCGAUCUGCCAGCAGGUCCUUUCAUCCAUCUGGUGUGGAAAUUUAUCGGGCUGGAAAGGCAGCAGGACAAUUUGGAAACUCCUGGUGUCUCUCGGGAUCUUUUUUACCAUGCCGCUCCUCUGCCUCAUUUACUGGAUUGCACCAAAGUCAAAGAUGGGAAAGAUUUUGAAAAUCCCAGUUAUCAAAUUCAUUCUUCACUCUGCCUCCUACUUGUGGUUUCUCAUCACACUGCUAGUGGAGUCCAUUAUAUUGGAGAUGUAUCGGGACACGUCUACAACCAGGCACCAGACCCUGCUGCACAACUCGAUCCACAUGGUGUGGGUGGUUGGCUUUUUCUGGUAUGAAUGUAAGGAGGUUUGGAUUGAGGGCCUGAGGAGCUACUUCCUGGACUUGUGGAAUUGUCUGGAUGUGAUGGUGCUCAGCAUGUAUCUGGCCUCUUUUUCUCUUCGAAUGGUUGUUCUGAUUAAAGGCUACUUUCUGUGCCAGUCACAACAAAGUGAAAUGGAGUGCUUAUACUUUACAGAUAAUGCACGUCAAGAUUGGCACCAGGAGGACCCUCAGAUAUUAGCUGAAUUGCUCUUUGCUGUCACCAGCAUGCUGAGUUUCACACGUUUGGCCUACAUCCUGCCUGCACAAGAGUCUCUGGGAACUCUGCAGAUCUCUAUGGGAAAAAUGAUUGAUGAUAUGAUACGGUUCUUGUUUAUACUGAUGAUCAUUGGUACGGCUUUUUUGUGCGGCAUCAACAAUAUCUACGUUUCUUAUACCGAAUCUAUUUACCUUGGAAGGUUUAAUGAAACGUUCCAGUUCCUGUUCUGGACCAUGUUUGGUGUCGUCAAUAAGGAAUAUGUGGAUAUGCCUGAUUUUGUGUUGGCUCAGUUUGUGGGCAGAAUCUUGUAUGGGAUCUUCACAUUACUAAUAGUCAUUGUGUUACUUAACAUGUUCGUGGCUAUGAUCACAAACUCUUAUCAGAAGAUUGAGGAUGAUGCGGAUGUGGAGUGGAAAUUUGCUCGCUCCAAACUCUACCUGAACUACUUCAGAGAGGGAUUGACCAUGCCUGUCCCCUUCAACAUCAUUCCCUCACCUAAAGCUUUCUUCUACCUCAUACGAAAACUCUUCUGCUUCUGCAACUAUAAUUCUACCCCGGAUUAUCCUCCUAUGAGCUCAGGGUCUAACGAGACAGAUGAGAAGGUGUCGUACCGAAAUCAGGUGAUCCGGGCUUUAGUACAACGUUAUAUUGAAUCUGCCAGGAGGGAGUUUGAAGAGACGAAGCGCAAAGAUGUUGGAAACCGGAUCACGGGGUUGAGUAAAGUUAUUGGACAACUGCAUGUUGAUUUGAAGCAAAUUAACCAGACAAUGUUAGACAUAGAGGAUAAUCGACAUGAUCCUUCAGGACGAAGCACUUCUUCCAUCAUAGGGAAGUACAUCCAGGGUGCCAAAAACAACUUUCGUGACUUUAACAGCGGCAUGCCUACUGAAAGCAAAAGCAAACCUUUGCUGGCCAACGUCCACAAUCCAAAAUCUGAAGACGUAGAUGAGGAGAUACAGGACAUGGUUAAGAGUGUUGAAGGUAAGAUAGAGGAUGAGGGAGUAGGUGCUGAGAUCAAAGAACAGGAGGGUGAAGAUCAGACUGGUGAUGGAGCAACGGUAGAGGAGGACAGAGCCGGUGAUGAGAGUACUGAUCAAAGUGUGCUUGAAGAUGAAACGACGAUGAUGGAGGAGGGAAGAGCCAACAAAAGAAGAGAGGAAUCACUCACUGGCAGCAGUAGCUCCGAGGACACUGGAUUCACAUCUCAAUAUUCAGAAAUCUCUGCCAGCAGUCCUGAGUAACUAAGAAAAUGUCUCCCUGGAUUCAUUUUUACUUCAGCUGUUUGAGAAUAACUGAAGCAUCUGUAACGAAAAAAAAUCUAAAAUUGUAGUCCUUUUAUUUUUGUAAAUCUAUAGUUACAUUCUGGAUACACUCCUGUAGGAAAGUUUCUGUACAUGCUCUUCCCAUGUCUGCCUGGUUUCCUUUCAUCUCCAGAAAAUGCCAGUAGCUGGAUUGGCUAGGAUUUAUUGCUUCUAAGUGCGAAUGAGCAGCUCUCUAAAACCAGAACUUGAAAUAUUCUUUCAGAUGGCGCCAGUUUGUUUUAAACUGACCAGUCAUGAAAAUAAAGAACAAGAUUAGACGACGUUGUUCUUUUCACAAUCUUCAGAAAAUUCAUAUGCUAAUUCAAUUAAUGUAACAUGCUGAAUAUGCUGAAUAUCAGCGAUAGAGUGUUCCACAUCUCCACACACUCACAUCCCACUUUAUAUAAAUGAGCAGGUGUUCCUAUUAAUGAUCUAUUAGCCAAGGAAGCAGCACGAUGUAUAGUAGUUAGAGGAGAUUCAGAUAAAGGCCAUAUUUAAAAAAAAAAUCAGAACUCUGUAAAUGUGAUCCACUGUUGGCUGUUUCAGAAACUCCUGGUUUCCUGACAUCUUCAAGCACACAGUAUAUACAGGUUAUACAGAAUGGUACACAAAAAGAAUGGCCAGACUGGUUUAAGCUGACAGGAAGAAUGUUAUAUUACGGUUUUUUUCAGUUGCCUUCGAGCGUUUCUCAGAUCAGAAAUAAAAUUUCCAAAACUACUUAUUCAACCUCCACAUCAUUUAGUCAUUUGCGCUCAUCAUAAGAACAUUUCUUGUUGCUUUGAUCAAAUAGCGAAUGCUUUUCUACAUUCAUUAAAUCGAUUGUGUACAAUCUGCUGUGUCUGCUAAUUCCUACAUUA